CUUUUCUCUCAUUCUCUACUUCAAUGGCGUCUUCUUCUCUCUUCUCCUCCUGCUCCCUUCUCUCCCUCCACCUCCCCAUCUCCAACCGAACACCCUCUUUCUCGAUCUCUCCUACUUCCCCAAUUCCCUAUGCCUUCCCUUCUUCCUCCCAAUCUCUUCGGAUUCCACGAAACUCCUCACCAAUCUCCGCCAUCCAGGUGGAACAAGCUGCCUCCGCAUCCCCAUCGCCUUCUCGGCCGCUUCCCGUCUUGCCCUUCCGUGUUGGCCAUGGAUUUGAUCUCCAUAGGCUUGAACCUGGGUACCCUUUGAUCAUCGGCGGGAUCGACAUCCCCCAUGACCGGGGUUGCGAAGCUCACUCCGAUGGGGAUGUGUUGCUUCACUGUGUAGUGGACGCUAUAUUGGGGGCUUUGGGGCUUCCGGACAUUGGCCAGAUCUUUCCUGACACUGAUCCCAGAUGGCGUGGUGCUGCUUCCUCGGUGUUCUUAAAGGAGGCUGUAAGGCUAAUGCAUGAGGCCGGGUAUGAGCUUGGGAACUUGGAUGCCACUCUGAUCCUACAGAGACCAAAACUGAGCCCACACAAGGAGGUGAUCCGGGCAAACUUAUGCGAUCUUCUUGGAGCUGACCCGUCAGUCGUGAAUUUGAAAGCCAAGACUCAUGAGAAGGUUGAUAGUCUCGGCGAGAAUCGAAGCAUAGCAGCUCAUACAGUAGUUUUACUAAUGAGAAAAUGAUGUCAAACUGUAAAUUAAAUGGGAUGAACCCCUUAUUUUUCCGGCAAUUGUAUGCGAACGUUGAAAGAGAAUAUCAUUGUCAUGUAUAUGCAUAUAAAUAUACUUUUAGGCUGAAAUUAUCUGCUCAAAGGCUGCCAAGUUGUUUGGCUUACAAUA